ACUACUACAACAGUAGUUCGUCUUGCUUGCUAGCCUGAUAAACACGAAUUGGUUAAAAGCUGGGUUGUACUGAAAUGGUUGACAAUCUAAUUUGUUAAAAUUCAACGACAUGUGUAAACGUAUUAAUAAUGCAAGAAGACAUAGCCAUAGGCUCGACCUAGACCAGGAAAGAGUUACACACGUUUGAUGAGGCUGUCAAAGACUUGCUUAACUUACCGGUGCUAACUGCGCGGUGGACUUGAGAUAUCAAUGACAAGUGUAAAAGCAUAGCAAACCCUAACCGUCGACAUGCCUUUGCUGUUCUUGGAGAGAGUCCCUUGGCCCAGUCUACAGACGUACACAGCUCUGAGUGCUAUCUUGCUGGCCGCGACAGUCCUGAGUGCUUACAAUACUGUCACGGAAUCUGGAGAGUUAGACCGCUAUGUCACACAGGAGUCCCAUACCAGCCCUGAAGACGAGUACGACCUCUUCACCAGCUACGGUGAUGUAGCCAGUGAUAUCCUCUUGUACAUGACCACUGACACUGCUUUUGUUUGGGUGGUGGUGAAUACAGCCUGUUGCAUCCUAAUGCUGAUUGCAAAGGUGAUCCAGUGCCUUGUCUUUGGGCCUCUGCGUGUCAGUGAAAAACAGCACCUGAGGGAAAAGUUUUGGAACUUUAUCUUCUACAAGUUCAUCUUCAUCUUCGGGGUCCUGAAUGUGCACACGUUGGAUGAGGUGUUGAUGUGGUCUCUGUGGUUUGCUGUCCUGGUCUUCCUCCACCUGGUGGUGCAACUGUGCAAGGACCGCUUUGAAUACUUGUCAUUCUCUCCCACCACCGCGCUGAGCAGCCACGCGAGGGUGCUGGUGCUGCUGGUGGGGCUGAUGCUGGCGUGUCUGGGCCUGGCGAUGCUCUGCGGGGUGCUGGGACACGGCCAGGGGAUCCACACCGUCGCCUUCAUGGCUGCUGAGUGUAUGCUGGUUACCGUGAGGACUGCUCAUGUUAUCAUCCGGUACUCCAUCCACCUGUGGGACCUGAACCACGAGGGGAUCUGGGAGAACAAGGGCUCCUACGUCUACCACACGGACUUCUUCAUGGAGCUGUCCCUGCUGGGCCUGGACCUCGUACACCACAUCCACAUGCUGCUCGUGGGGAAUAUCUGGCUGUCCAUGGCCAGCCUGGUGAUCUUCAUGCAGCUACGCUACCUGUUCCACGAGGUGCAGAAGAGAAUACGACGCCACAAGAACUACCUGCGUGUCAUCGACAACAUGGAGGCCAGGUUUGCUGUGGCCACUCCAGACGAGCUGGCGACUAACGACGAUGACUGCGCGAUCUGCUGGGACGCCAUGGCGACAGCCCGCAGACUCCCCUGCGGUCACCUCUUCCACAGCUCCUGCCUGCGCUCGUGGCUGGAGCAGGACACCUCGUGCCCUACCUGCCGCAUGUCCCUGGACACCCCCCGCGAGGGGGCCGGGGAGAGGGGGGCCAGGCAGGGGGGCCCCCGCGAGGGGGGCCUGGGCCCAGAGGCCGAAGCCCAGCCCCACAUCAACCAGCACAACCACUUCUUCCACUUCGAUGGUUCUCGUAUUGCCAGCUGGCUGCCGAGCUUCUCGGUGGAAGUGAGUCACACGGCGGGCCUGCGGGGCAGCUUUCAGACCAGCCACGCCCAGCUCAGCUCCAUGGCCCGUCAGAUCCAGGGCAUGUUCCCCCAGGUGCCGCUCCACCUGGUGCUGCAGGACCUGCAGAGGACCAGCUCUCUGGAGGUCACCACUGACAACAUCCUGGAGGGGCGCAUCCAGGUGCCCCUCCUCACACAGCUCGCAGAGGGCCAAGCCAGAGGGGUGGACCCUGGCUUGGAGGACGGCCAGGCCCACCCCGGUCUGGAGGGCAGGGCCAACCCUGGUCUGGAGGGCAGGGCCAACCCCGGUCUGGAGGGCAGGGCCAACCCUGGUCUGGAGGGCAGGGCCAACCCUGGUCUGGAGGGCAGGGCCAACCCCGGUCUGGAGGGCAGGGCCCCGGAGCUCCAGGAGGUUAGGGGUCGUGGCUUCUCCCGGUCGACCGAGGAGAGGCAGAAGAUGCUGCUUCAGAGGAAGGAUGAGCUGCUGCUGCACGCUCGCAGGAGGUACCAGAGCAGGAGUAGCGGGGACUCUGCUAGUGUUGUCACUAACAGCAACAACAUGGACGAGGAUACUGAAAGGCUGUCCUCAGUGUCAGACUCUGUGACACUGCGCCGCAGGAAGCUAGCCGCUGCGGCAGAGCGCCGUCUGCAGGGGCGCUCGAACAUCUGACCAGCGAGGACAGACGGGGAAACACUGACUCACUGGUACCAACACCACCCACCUGGUGUCUCCUGGUACUAACACCAUCCACCUGGUGUCUACUGGUUUCACACUGACCACCUGGUCUCUACUGGUACUAACACCAUCCACCUGGUGUCUACUGGUUUCACACUGACCACCUGGUCUCUACUGGUACCGACACCAUCCACCUGGUGUCUCCUGGUACUAACACCAUCCACCUGGUCUCUACUAGUACCAACACCAUCCACCUGGUCUUUAUGUGGUUGAGUUAGGACUUCACCCAAAUGUUUCUGUAAACGGUCUUUUCAAUGUUCUACAACAGAGAAGGAUGCUGUGUCACUAAACACUGUCUGCUCUGUCUGAACUGUACUGGCCAUCAUGUCUACAGAUGAAAUAAGAAAUAUGACCUCAUUGUAGUGUAGCCUUGAAUACCUGGCUCAUAGCAUGUCAUCUAGUGUUAAACAAGACAGUCACAGCUAUGCAGUGUUUCUGCCCUCAGUAUUUGAGUUACUACCUUCUCCUUUCUUCUGCAUAGUGAUAAAAAUGCAAACAGGCAGGCGCUAGUUGUAACAGGAUACAAGUAUGUGUUGUAAAAUAACAGGUCUAAAGAGUUUUGUUUUAUGGCUAUCUGUUUGUUCAUUUGUGUGUUAAAAUAUCUUAAUGUUGCCAGGGUUAGGAUUAGAUUUGGGGGCAGCUUGAAAUUAAUUUAUUUGAAAGCUAUAAAAAAGCUGAUUGAAUAUGUAUACAUUGCUGUCGUUUAAUGAAAAAUCCCUUUCCAGUGAGUCCUGUAUGGGCCAGAUCCUGUUGGGGUGAACCUGAAGCUCACAAAUGUGUUCUGUCGUAUUACAUGUUGCAGCGUCGCUUCUGAAUUAGGCCUACUUCAUUUUCACUGACUUAAAUUCCAAUUGAUGCUUAAUCUGUGCAGUACAGUACAUGAAAAGGUCAAAUUGGCUUGACAACUCAAACUCUAGCUUGGGCUGUAAUUGCUGUUUGCAGUGGCCUACAGCUAUCUAUCCCUGCCUCAGUUUUCACCUAUAGCCUGAUAAUUGUAUGAAAUGGCAUUUAGUUUUGAGCGUGUUGUAUUUGGUCUGGUUGGGUACUGGAUCCCAGAGGACACUUGGUGUCUGUGAUGACUACAUCCCCUGAGUUACCAGGGACCGGUCUGCACAAGCCAAGAUAAACAACACAUUCGUGUUUGUAAAGGCCAGUAGCAGAGCUUUUCUACCUGCCCAUGACACUGUGCUCUAUUCCUGUUUGACAUGUGCACCUUGAGACAGUAUUUCUCUGUACAUCACAUUGGACCUGAGAGAGGCUGCUUAACUCUGCAAAUAAAGUCAAAUACAUUCCAU